AAGACCAGUUUUUAUAAUCUGUGCCUGCGAUGAGAGGUACUUGAUAAGUCAUAAAGGCUAGUGAACCGCUUUCAGUAUAAAUCUCAAGUACGGAGUAGUUGAUUGGGGCGUCUGAUUUUGCAACUAGUUGAUCUAACUGAAGUUUCCUGCUUAAAUUUAUAAGACGUUUUCGUUCCUACAUGUCAGAAUGCAUGAUAAUGCAUGAACAUGCAUAUACUGUCAAAACUCUGGUUUGCCAAAUAGCAUGACGGUUUGUCUUACUCACGGCUGAAUCACCUUGAAAACGUGAAUCUGAAAAAGAUUACUAUCUUCUCACGUUACUAGCAGAGUGUAGAUUUCUCUCUGCAAAAUCGUGAUGAAAAGGGAGCAAAGCAUUGAAUGCAUGCCUCGUCUAAUCCAAAUCCUUUCAAUCCGUCAUAUUUAUAACACUUUGUCUUUGACGCGUGUUCGUAUAUGUCUUUAUCUCUGUAUAGCGUAUUAUUGAGUCAAUGCAAUGCCAUUCUUGCGCCAAAAACACGCGAAGAUGGCUUAAUUAAGUUAACCAAUGUUGCCAGGUGGCGUCAUCUAAGUGUAUAAGUGCGACCUGAAACCAGAGCCCCCAAAUUUGGCAAAGGUAUUUCAUCAUAAACCCUGAGAUAUUGUGUAUGUGUAUAGCCAUAUAUUAUUGCAAAUGUAUUAUAGAUUCUUAUAGAUGAAUUAUAGAUGCUGUCUCAUUUGAUUUAGUAUUAAACACAAACUUUAUCUUGGACAAGUAGGCGCACUUUGGUUUGGGCUGAUGUCACUUCAAACCAUCUCUCGUGCAGUGUUUAACAUUCACAAUAUACCCAGCACUGGGAAUAUGAAAUCAGAACCCACAAUAUUUCAUGUGCCAUUUGGGAUUUUCGCAACAUGUAUUCACUGCUGUAUUUGUUUACCUGCACAGCAGAUCUGGCGCAGGCGCUGUAUGUUUUUUUAAUCACGUGCUGUGUGGAGUUUGCUGGUCAACUGACUGGCAUCUUUUUCCUGGGAAAUUGUAAACGGCCAAAUUGUUUUCACCUGAUGAAAACAGCCUCGAACAACGCUGUUUUGCACCCCACAAACAUAAUGUCAACAAUAUUGUUGCACGACUUCUCGAAGCUUGACAAGUCGUUCCUGAUGACAACUAUAUUUGUGGGGGUGCAAGAAAAUUUAUUCAAUUCUCUUUUCAUCAAUCGGGAAUAACUUGAACCUGUUUACCCACUGAUGGACAUUUCGUAUUGUUAUUUCCUCAGGAUAAAACCUCAGGAUAACGUAAGUUCCCAAAUGGAACAGUUCCCUGCAUAAUGAUUUGCUUUUUAACUAUCACAGACUAUGAGUUGGAAGCGUUGCAAAACGAUUUAACACGAAACAAAACUUGUCUGUUAAAUGUGUGAAAAUGCUUCAAAACUGAUUCGAGUCAGGGAUCAAUCAGCGUUGAUCAUCCAUACAUGCUAUAAACAUUAUCCAAAAAAGGAAUAUAAUAGUCUUUUUAAAACCUCUUACAAGCUGUGAAAAGUUUUUCCAAUCCUUUGACUGUAAAAAAUCCCUGCAGAUAUUCAGAAUUGUUUUGGGGUUUUGUAAGGGCACGUCAAUUUCGUAGUUCAAACGGUCAGAGCGGGAAGUUAUUAACAAAAUCAUCAUCGCUUAAUGCAGAUUUACUGACCGAUAGAAGGUAAUGCAAUGAAUACGCUGCUUUAAUUAUAUCGUACUGUGGGAAUGAAGAAUCGAUAGGACCAAAAAAAAAGCUAAGACUUCCUUCGCUGUUGGCAAACUAUAGUCAGAACGUGGAGAUUAAGAAAAAUAUGUCUAAUUGAGUCUUUGAGAGGAUUUAAAUAAGAAUGAGAAGAAGUUGAUUUGAAAGAACAACAGAACAAGCUCAAAGAUAUUAAAUAUUACAUUGAUGUUCUCCGCAGUGACAGAUUAUUAUAGAUUUCAUACUACAAAACUAAUUAUCACAAAACAAGGUUGUAAAUCGUUUUACCUGAUUCUCCUGAGAUUACCCAAACAACAGUUUUGUUUACAACAAAUACAGCGGCAAUUAUUUUCACGUUUUCACACUUGCACCUUAAUUCUCUGGUAUUUACCUUUCUGGUUGCAUUGGGAACUUAUAAGAAGAGGGCGCUCGUGAACCCCUUUUAAAACAACACACGCAAGUAUGCAAUAUUUUCUUAUCACCAGGGUAGUUAAUUGUUUGCGAAAAUUAUCAGCAGGAAAAAGUAAAUCCCCGAUUAUGGAAGAUUAUAGACACCAUGCUAGCCCGAUUUAUCCCAUUUACUGAAAUAAUUGCCAGAUGAGAAAGAAAGUGGUUCAAGGUGGCUCACUGAUCGCAUAUAAAAGACUGGAUAGACGUCAGUUGUUCCACUUACAAACACGAGUUGAAACAGUCGGCUAAAACUGUUGGGAGAUUAAAUUUAAUCCUUGAUUAACAGUAAUCCUCCUUCGAAAAAUACUCGACCCAGGCUUUUGUAUUAUUUUUUCUUUUAAUCGGUCCUCCGUUAACCAGUGAACUCUAUAAAGUGGUGAGAUCUAACAAUAAUGUAGCUUGCCAUAUUACCGUCAUUUGCAUCGCGAUGAACACGGGUAUAUCGCCAUUUGCCGUCCGCUUUAGCCGAUGAACACCUGUACAUCUUCCUGUCUACCGUCAUUUGCACUAACGAUGCACAGAAACAACAUGCAAAUAUUCGUGUCAACCUUGAAGAGGAGAGUGUCAGAUUGAAUGUUGAAAAAUCAGAAGAAACCUUUAUUGCAGUAACAGGACACGGCAGAAACAGUUAAAGAAAAUGUCGACGAACUCUGAUUCAAGGGAGCCUAUAAAGGUGUACCUACGGAUAAGACCUUUGACACGCGAAGAGAUUCAAGUCGGAGAGUUUCAACACUGUUUAGAAGUGGAGAAUGAUCGUACGGUGGUUUUACAUGCACCGGAAACAUCCUUAACGUACAAACAGUCACGAAAUGGCGCAAAAUCUGAGGCUAUCCAACGCUUCACUUUUUCACGAGUAUUUGGACCGGAAACAAGUCAGAAACAGUUCUAUGAAGGGACUGUUUUAGAUGUGGUUAAGGAUGUCGUUAGCGGACAUAAUAAUCUGGUGUUCAGCUAUGGAAUCACAAAUGCCGGAAAGACGUACACCAUCUUGGGCAAUCCAAAAAACGUCGGGGUUCUACCAAGAACUUUUAAAAUCCUCUUUGAAAGCUUUAAAAACCGAACUUACGAGCGUUACAAUUUUAAACCGAAAAUGUUUGAUGAUGUUGUGAAACUGAGAGGUUCACAGGAGAAGGAUGAAACAAAAAAGAAAAAUCAUUUGUUGUCAAGUGAAAUUCCUACGCUUCCGGAAAGUCUAAGCACCUGUGAUCUCUCGUCGCAAGACGGUGUUCAAGACGAUCAAGACCAGGAAGAUAUUAUCAUCGAUGCAUCAUCUUUAAUAGCCGAGAAUGUUGGUACUGAAGACGAAGGUCCGAUACAGUUUUCAGUCUGGGUUUCAUUCGCCGAGAUAUAUAACGAGUAUAUUUUUGAUCUCCUUGAACCGUUCUCGACAAAGAAAGAACCAAAAAGGAGAACAGCAUUGAAGAUUGGCGAUGAUAAAAAUGGCAAUCCCUAUAUCAAAGGUCUUACAGAGGUUCAAGUGAAUGACGCAGAGGAAGCCUACAAGCUGCUGAAUAUUGGUCGAAAAAAACAAAAGAUUGCGUCCAACAAGCUGAAUCACACCUCGAGUAGAAGUCAUUGUAUUUUUACCUUGAAAAUACUACGUGUUGUCAGUUGUCAGGACCCUUAUGUGGCUCGGGUCAGCAGAUUGUCGUUUGUGGAUCUAGCUGGAGCUGAACGAUACACUAAAACCCAAAACAAUGGCGAACGUUUGAAGGAAGCAGGGAAUAUAAAUACCUCAAUAAUGACUCUUGGAAAAUGCGUAGAGCUCUUACGGUACAACCAGAAUCAUGUAAAUAACCAGAAGAACAUUCCGUUCCGGGAAAGCAAGCUCACACGUCUGCUUCAAGGUUUCUUUUCAGGAAGGGGAAAAGCGUCCAUGAUUGUAAACGUGAAUGAAUGUGCCUCCGCGUUUGAUGAGACUCUUCACGCUUUGAAAUUCUCAGCAAUCGCGAAAAAGGUAACUACGGUAGCUAAUACCCCACAGUUGCGACCGCGAAUCCACACUCGUCUUCUACGAACACCUUUGCGAUCCACUCGUGUACCAUUGACCCCGGCCGUUGAUAAUUCGUCUCCUGCUUUAUCAGGGGCUUUAAAUUUUACUGAAGCGGACAGCAACAUUGACAUUAUCUCUCUUGAGGAAAACCAGGAACUGCAUGAAGAAAACGCGAUGUUGAAAAAAAUUCUUAUGGCAGAAAGAAAGGAAAAGAUUGUGAUGGAAAUGCGAAUUCGAGACGAAGUGGGUCAAGAAAUGGCUGAACAGAUUGCGGAAAUAGAGCGAAAUUACGAGGAACGUAUGGAGGAAGAGCAAACAGCAACUGUUGAGUUGUAUGAGAAGAGAUUAGAGAUUCUGAGUCAAUCCAUUAAGAAGGGAAGAAAACGUGCUUCAAUUGAAUGCUUUGAGGACGAAGAUUUUUAUCAGGAGGAACUUGUUUAUGAGAACGAAUCGUAUUGUCGAACGUGCGGCCAGGUAAUCACGAAACCUCGCACCAAGACAAGCAAGAAAGGAGUAUUCACUGGAAGCUCUAUCACAAGUUCAGCGAAGAAAUUGAAAAGAAAAAUGUUUCCCUCCACUCCAUCAACGCAAAGACGUUUUUCAUUCAAGGGAAGCUCUGCUAAGAAAAGGCCAAAUGAGGCUGUUUAAACUUACCCAAUCACAAGAAGCGGUAGAUUUACUCCGGCUGGCGGACUCGCGUCACUUCGUGUGAAUGUUUUUAACCAAAAAUAAUUCGCUUCAGUUGGAUUUAAAUGUAGAAUUCCUAGGCUUUUAAAUAGAGCAAGAAAAAU